GCCCCCUGCCCGGCUCCUGCUCUCAGUCUUGUUCCCUUCCUCUGCUCUCCCUCUUUUCUGAGCUGCUGCUUCACCUGCUCCGGAGAAGCCCCUGUCGGACCCCAGGAGAAGAAACAAGACUCGCUGUACUUCUUGCUUUGAGAGCAGACCAUUUACCAACCUUUCUCUUCCGUUUUUUGUAGUCCCUGAAAUACCCCCACAGAAACCAUGGAGGCCAUCAAGAAGAAGAUGCAGAUGCUGAAGUUGGACAAGGAGAACGCUAUCGACAGGGCCGAGCAGGCCGAGUCAGACAAGAAGGCAGCGGAGGACAAGUGUAAGCUGCUGGAGGACGAGCUCCUGGGCCUGCAGAAGAAGCUCAAGGGCACAGAGGACGAGCUGGACAAGUAUUCGGAGGCUCUGAAGGAUGCACAAGAGAAGCUGGAACUGUCUGAAAAGAAGGCAACCGACGCUGAAGGGGAUGUGGCCGCUCUGAACCGUAGGAUCCAGCUGGUGGAGGAGGAGUUGGACCGGGCCCAGGAGAGACUGGCCACAGCGCUGCAGAAACUAGAGGAGGCAGAGAAAGCAGCGGACGAAAGCGAGAGAGGCAUGAAGGUUAUUGAGAACAGAGCAACGAAGGACGAGGAGAAAAUGGAGAUCCAGGAGAUGCAACUGAAGGAAGCCAAGCACAUCGCAGAGGAGGCGGACCGCAAAUACGAAGAGGUUGCCCGCAAGCUGGUCAUCCUGGAGGGGGAGCUAGAGAGGGCGGAGGAAAGGGCUGAAAUUUCGGAACUGAAAUGCGGCGAUAUGGAAGAGGAACUGAAGAAUGUUACCAACAACCUGAAGUCUCUGGAGGCUCAGUCUGACAAGUACUCUGAAAAAGAAGACAAAUAUGAAGAGGAGAUCAAGGUGCUCGGUGAUAAACUGAAAGAAGCGGAGACCCGUGCAGAGUUUGCAGAAAGGACUGUGGCAAAACUGGAAAAGACUAUAGAUGACUUGGAAGAAAAUCUAUCCAGCGCAAAAGAAGAAAAUUUGGGGAUGCAACAAGUCCUGGACCAAACUCUACAAGAGCUAAAUAGUUUGUAACAAAGAAGAAUAAAAGGAAAUUGUGUCUCAAGACCAAAGAAGAAUCAACAUUCUAUGAAGAAAACAUUCCAUGAAAAGUUUUUUCAACCACUAGUUGCAAUGGAUUCCUCACUACCCUGAUUAAUAUCUUGAUUCUAAUAUUCACACCAUAUUUUUGUUAUUUAUGUUUUUGAUAUACUUUUCCCAUUGCAUGAGAAGGCCCAAGCAGAAGUAUAAUGUCAUACCAAUAGUUUAAAACAAUACAGGAUGCAGCAUUUCAAAAUUGUGUAGGAAAUUAUGUAUAAAUUAAACAGCUGAGAGUCUUA